AUGUCAUCAUCACUCAAGAGCUGUGUCAUUUUCUGGAGCGUCUACCAGAUGCACACCGCUCCUUUAAGUCACCUUACAGUUCCAUUUGGUGUUGAGAAGUUGAGGGUCAGUGGCUCUGACUUUGCCAAUGAAAUGCCAGGUUGCCUACCGUCAUCUAUCACCAGUCUAAAGUUAUCCAAUGCAAGGAAUAUCAAGCCAGGUGACAUACCACCAUCAGUCACAAAGUUGGAAUUGGUCGAUUAUAAACAACAACUGGAUAUCAAUGUACUACCACCCUCACUUAUCAAACUCAAGACAGUAUUGACAAGACAUUCUGUUCACAUACUUCAAGAACUGCCGAGUUCGGUUAUGGUUCUGGAGGUCACUGAUACAGCAACACCACCAUCAACAUCAUCAGAAACAGUGACAACACCAAUACAAAAGUUGUUUGAUCUAUCAUGUCACUGUGGCAAUGUAAAGUUCCAAGCAGAGUUGGAAGAGAGUUUGUCAAAGAGCGGCAGAUGCAAUUGUUCAAGUUGCUUCAUCACUAGGUUGUGGGUGCAUCCAAUUGACAAUAUGAGCUCAUUCAAGUUGCUCACACCAGAGGAGAACGUAUCUCAAUACCUCUACGGCACCAAGCAGUGUCAACACUUCUUCUGCAAGACCUGUGGCACUCCGACUCAUAUCAAAGGUGACUAUCCAGGCUAUGGUCCAUACAUGUACGUCAGUGUACCAUGUCUUCUCGGCCUCACUCAAGAGCAGUUCGCAUCACUACCCUUCAAGUAUGGUGAUGGUGCCAAUGACGACUUUAUGAACACGCCCAAGUUCACCAAACAUUUGUAA